CAAAUGUCUUUCUAAGUAUGGGGAAUAAGCAAGGAAAACUGCUGCGACAAAAAUAACCUAAUUUACAAUCUGGAUUUGAUUCAUAAAACUAAAAAAAUAAUUGUGAAUAAGACUAUACACAAUAGAUUGGUCUAGUAAUCUCGCAUAAACGAUGACGGACAUAAAUGAAGGUGGAUUUGAGGAAUACAAACAGAGGGACUUGUUAAAUAGGAAGGAAUUGAGUUAUAAAUCAAAUCCUUUGUAUCAGAAAGCCAGAGUUACUAAGAAUAAAAUUAUCUAGAAAAUAGUUUAUUUGGCAUCUAAUAAUUUUAGAAUUAAUUAAAAAUUCAUUAGAUCAUAUUAAUACGCAUUAUUUGACUUGUACAAGAUUUGUGUUGUAUAUUGAGUAAUUAGUGAUUUGAGGAUGAGAACCUGAAUGAAGGAGCUGAGAUAUGGGGAAAGGAGCAAGGAAGAAGAAGUCCAGAUUGAUUUCAGUAUAUGUUAUUAUAUAAAU